GUUUUAAAGCGCUAUUUCAAAAACACACAAGACAGCAGAACUUGAGAACUUAAGCUCAGUCCGUGGACUCAAAGAACAAUAAGGAGAGUGGUUUUCUACCUGAUUGCAAUGCCCGUUUGUCUAUACAUUCAUAUAUGUAUGAAGUCACUCUGUUGAAUGAACACAGCAUCUCCAAACGUGCUGAUGAAUUAAAGACCCCCACACGCAGCGGGGGCGGGCUUACGAUGCAAAUUGGGGAGCGGCCCCUUGCUUUCCAUUGGUUAGGUGAGUGCCACGUGGGAGCUGAAAUUGAUCCAGUGUAAGUGUGGCACUAUUUUCUAUUCCUCCAGACAGGAAGCGGUAUUAAUUGUAAUCAGAGGGCUACAGUACGGUAUGUGGUUUACACAUUAUUCAAAUUACCGAAGGCUGUAUAGAAGAGUUUAAUAAAAAACAAACGAGUCUUGACUGAGGAGAAGGAUUUCAAAAUACAUUUUAAAAAACCCUCUCGUUUUAUAAAACUCGUGUCAUUUUCUCCAACCAACUGGUAAAACGAAUUCUACCGGCUGUCCAGCCUUGACAAGAACAACAGGACCGGCGGGAUGGACGUGAGUAAGUUUGACAUUGACGCCCCGCGCUGGGACCAGUCCACCUUCGUGGGGCGUCUCCGACACUUCUUCAACAUCACUGACCCGCGCACUGCGCUGCUGUCGGAUUCAGAGCUCGACCAGGCCAAGAGGCUUGUGGGAAGCUGCAGAGCAGGCAAUGUGCCUGCAGGCACUACCGAGGAGCAGCUCCACUACGCAAAGAAGCUGUACGACUCUGCCUUCCACCCGGAUACUGGCGAGCGCAUGAAUCUCAUCGGCAGGAUGUCCUUCCAGGUCCCCGGGGGUAUGGCCAUCACCGGCUUCAUGCUGCAGUUCUACAGAACGGUGCCAGCUGUGGUGUUCUGGCAGUGGGUCAACCAGUCGUUUAAUGCCUUGGUGAAUUACACCAAUAGAAACGCAGCCUCGCCCAUCACACCAAAGCAGAUUGGAGUGGCCUAUGUGACAGCCACCACCACUGCCCUGGCUACAGCUGUGGGGCUGAACCUUUACACCAAGAAAGCGCCUCCUUUAGUAGCCCGCUGGGUUCCUUUUGCUGCCGUGGCAACGGCUAACUGUGUGAACAUUCCCAUGAUGCGACAGCAAGAGAUACUCAAUGGCAUCGCGGUUGUGGAUGAAAACGACAACAAGUUAGGCUACUCCCGGAGAGCUGCAGUAAAGGGGAUCACACAGGUUGUAGUCUCUCGGAUCACCAUGGCAGCCCCAGGAAUGAUUGUUCUGCCUAUUUUAAUGCAGAGGAUUGAGAAAUACCCAUUCAUGCAGAGAAUUAAGUUUCUCCACGGCCCCCUGCAAGUGAUGAUGGUGGGGGUGUUCUUGAUCUACAUGGUUCCUGCAGCCUGCUCACUGUUCCCACAGAGAUGCUCCAUGGCUGUCUCGCACCUGGAGCCGGGACUGAGAGACUCCAUCAGAGCGCGCUUUGGGGAGGGUGUCGGAUACGUUUACUUCAACAAGGGGCUGUGACUUGGCUGUGCUCUGAGACCUGGGAACAGGCUGUUCUCUUCGACCAGGCUGUGCUCCGAGACCAGGCUGCUCUGAGAGCUGGUUCCUGGGUCUCUACAGUACGACUACUUUUCAUUUGGUUUUAAUGGCUCUGAACAGAUGGGGUGGGGAUGCUGAUUAAACAAGGACUGUUUUUGGGGGCUGUAUUUCCUUGUUGAGAUCUGUAUUUUACCUCAAGAUCACUGUGCUUUGAAGAGUGACGCCUCUGUGAGUGUUCUCCUUGCCUGGAGUUGGAAGUUCUCAGCUCUUCUGCCCUUGAGGUGUCUCGCCAGUUAAACCUGCAUGCCCACGCCAUGCCCAGUUAAACCUGCAUACCCACACCAUGCCCAGUUGCCAAUCAGGAACUCCACUGGGACCUAGACCUAUUCUCCCAUUGCAGUUCCUGUUUGGCAGUCCAAUGUUACAAUAAAACAGUAUUCAUAUAUUGCAAGGUUGACCGAUUUAACUUUUUUUUGUUUUAAACAAAAUGAAUUGUUGAUUACGUUGCUGAAAACAAAACACGGGUAUAAA